GUGGACCUGAACGAGGAGGAGACCAUCCUCAUCAUCCGCCGCCUGCACAAGGUGCUCCGGCCCUUCCUGCUCCGGCGCCUCAAGAAGGAGGUGGAGGCUCAGCUCCCGGAAAAGGUGGAGUACGUGAUCAAGUGUGACAUGUCGGCCCUGCAGCGGGUCCUGUACCGGCACAUGCAGGCCAAGGGGGUCCUGCUCACCGACGGAUCCGAGAAGGACAAGAAGGGCAAAGGCGGCACCAAGACCCUGAUGAACACGAUCAUGCAGCUGAGGAAGAUCUGCAACCACCCCUACAUGUUCCAGCACAUCGAGGAAUCCUUCUCCGAGCACUUGGGCUUCACGGGUGGGAUCGUGCAGGGGCUGGAUCUGUACCGCGCCUCCGGGAAGUUCGAGCUGCUGGACCGGAUCCUGCCCAAGCUCCGGGCCACCAACCACAAGGUGCUGCUCUUCUGCCAGAUGACCUCCCUCAUGACCAUCAUGGAGGAUUAUUUCGCCUACAGAGGCUUCAAAUACCUCAGGCUGGACGGUGGGUGACCCUCAGGGGGAUGGGUGG